AAGAAGAAGAAGAAGCAAAAGCUCGUUGCUUUGCAUCUGCAAAAGUUCUCGAGCACAAACAUAUCACGUAUCGCAGACACAGAUCGCUAUCGCUUGGAACACUUGAAGGAGGCUUACAGCAGCGAUGAGCUCAGCUAUUGUGGGUGCCGCAUCGGCGAUUGGCGGUGCGGUGACGGCGGCGACAAGCAACAGUUGGUUCAUACCAAUGCUAAUGGCAGCGGUUGCCUAUUUUCAGUAUGAGGAAAUCAUGGAUCCCGAAUCGAAGCCCAGCGAUGUGAGCAGUGACGACAUAUUGGAUCAUUAUGAUUUCAUAGUGAUUGGCGCCGGUUCGGCCGGUGCUGUGGUUGCCAAUCGCUUGACCGAGGUGGAGAACUGGAAUGUCCUCCUGCUGGAGGCGGGCGGCGAUGAGACCGAGCUAACCGAUGUGCCACUUAUGGCCGGUUAUUUGCAGCUAUCCAAAAUUGACUGGCAGUACAAAACGGAGCCAUCGGGCACAGCUUGCUUGGCUAUGCAAGGCGGACGCUGUAAUUGGCCGAGAGGUAAAAUUUUGGGUGGCAGCUCGGUGCUAAACUAUAUGCUGUAUCUGCGGGGCUCGAAGAACGACUAUGACAACUGGGAGGCGAUGGGCAAUCCCAGCUGGUCGUAUCGCGAUGCGCUCUACUAUUUUAAGAAAUCGGAGGACAAUACUAAUCCGUAUUUGGCCAGUACACCUUACCAUGCCACUGGCGGAUAUCUGACGGUGGGCGAGGCGCCAUAUCACACGCCCCUCGCCGCCAGCUUUGUGGAGGCGGGCGUUGAGAUGGGCUACGACAAUCGCGAUUUGAAUGGCGAGAAAAUGACCGGCUUCAUGAUUGCCCAGGGCACAACGAGACGCGGCUCACGCUGCUCCACAUCGAAGGCGUUCCUGCGACCAGCACGACUGCGUUCCAAUUUGCACAUCUCGAUGAAUUCGCAUGUUACCCGCAUUAUGAUCGAUCCGGUCAGCAAAUUGGCCUUUGGCGUCGAGUUUGUCAAGGAUCAGAAGCUAUACCAUGUGCGUGCCACAAAGGAGGUAAUCCUAUCGGGCGGCUCCGUGAACAGUCCCCAGCUGUUGAUGCUGAGCGGUGUUGGGCCACGCAAGCAGCUAGCCAAGCAUCGCAUACCACUCAUCAAGGAGCUGAGCGUUGGCGAGAACCUCCAAGAUCACAUUGGACUGGGCGGUCUGACGUUUCUCGUCAAUCAGCCGGUUUCGAUUGUGGAGAACCGAUUCCAUACCAUGUCGACGGUGUUACAGUAUGCGGUCUUUGGCCAAGGACCACUUACCAUACUUGGCGGCGUUGAGGGUUUGGCCUAUGUGAAUACCAAGUACGCGAACACCACAUUGGACUGGCCGGACAUUGAGUUCCAUUUCGUGUCGGGCUCCACAAAUUCCGAUGGCGGAUCGCAACUGCGCAAGGCACACGGCCUGACGGACGCCUUCUAUCGUGCGGUCUUUGAGCCGAUUAACAACCGGGACGCAUGGAGCAUAAUACCAAUGUUGUUGCGUCCACGAAGCGUGGGCAGCAUCAAGUUGCGCAGCAGUAAUCCCUUCGACUAUCCGUACAUCAUGCCCAACUACCUGACCGAUGAGUUUGAUAUGAAGACAUUGAUUGAGGGUGUCAAGAUCGCAGUGGCAUUGUCCCGCACAAAGGCGAUGCAACGUUUUGGCUCACGACUGUCCAGCAUACGUUGGCCGGGCUGCGAUCAGCUGCCACCGUUCACGGAUUCGUAUUGGGAGUGCAUGGUGCGACGGUACACAUCGACCAUCUAUCAUCCCGUUGGCACCUGCAAAAUGGGUCCGUAUUGGGACAAGGAUGCGGUCGUCGAUGCCAAGCUCCGUGUCUACGGAAUUCGCGGACUGCGUGUCAUCGAUGCCAGCAUUAUGCCCAAAUUGGUAUCGGCCAAUACGAAUGCGCCGGUGAUUAUGAUUGCCGAGAAGGGCAGCGAUAUGAUCAAGGAGUUCUGGAUCAAGAAUACAUUAGUCUAAUGAGCCACAUCUACUCUCUCUUUCUCUCUCUCUCUCUCGCUCUCUCUCACUCUG